AUGGGGUUUGGGGAGCCCUGGUUCAUUCUGGUUGGCGCAUUAAUCAUAGAGUCAUUAAGGUUGGAAAUGAUUAAUAAAGUCCACAAGUCCACCCCACCCCACCAUGCCCACUGACCAUGGCCCUCAGUGCCACAUCUCCACUGUUCUUGAGCACCUCCAGAACCAGUGACCACCAGGACAGCCUGUUCCAAUGCAUUGCCACUCUUUUGGAGAAGAAACGUUUGCUUAUAUCCAACCUGAAAAUGCAAGCGUUGAAUAUCCAACCAUUCAGUGCAUCCUGUCACUGGAAUGGCUCCUCCUGCUUGAAACAAUAUCCCGGCGCUGGGUCGGGAUCACAGUCAGCUCCUUUCUGCUUGGAGCCAGUUUUGCAAACGAGCAAAUAUUUCUGCCUGCCUUUAAAGAUGCGCUUUUGCCAUUGUUCUGCAGAAAGCCCUCAGCUGGGCUGGGCUUCCCCUGGGGCAAUUUCCUGGCAGAUUGGUUAUGAAGGCAGCUGCGUUUUUAGUUUUUCUUUUGUUUCCCUUUUGCGAGCUCAGCUGAGCAUGUACACAUGGCGUGGAACAAAAGCCGGCCCUGAUCUGCGCCGGCGCGCGCCCGGCAGCUGGCAUAAAAGAGAGGGUGGUCCGGGCUGAAACUGUGGAUGGAAUGAGUUAGCUUUCUUCUUUUGGACGGAAAUUUGGAUGUUUUGUAUCUUGUAUCUGUGCGUGCAAACCUGUAGUGCUGGUGUGAAUCUGUGCUCCCAUUUGUUUUUGUCUUUUUGGAGUAAUGCUGCAGGGAACUUGCUUUACCAGUGGGGUUGGACUGGAUGAUCCCAAGGGGUCCCUUCCAACCCCUACGGUUCUGUCAUUCUGUAAUUUCCAGUCAGAUCAGCCCAAAGCUCAGACCUCAGAGAAAAGAAGAGGCUGAGUUUAUGCAACCCCUCAAACGUCCAUCCCAAAGCAGAUGGGACACUGGUACAGCAUCCCCCAGAUGGGAUCCAGCCCCGUGGACAUACUGCAAAUGCCCCUUACCCUCAUCCAAAGGGCUUUCAGCGCGGGCUGUGCUCUGCUUUUGUUGACAUCUGGUUGGAAACUUCUUAAAUCCUCUGGCGAGGGGGUAAUUCUAAUCCCUCUCAAUGAGAUCAGCGGAUUAGUGUCUUAUAAAAUUGGAGGAUUAGCUUGAGCCAUUUUUUCUUUAUUUUUUUUUUUUUCCCCUUCCUUUCUGUGCAGCAUCGGGUCAUUGCCGUACCGCUACUAAGAGAGAUGAGGGGCUUUGCACUUUAAAAAGCUGAACCAAAUUAUGCGAUUUUUCACAAACCAAAGCAUUGAAAAGUAUAUCUUUAAUCCUCGCCCAUGGAUUUUUGUGCAGUAUCAGGGUUUUUUUAGCGCGCUGGCAUCGCACUGCGUGAAGUCACUCAGCUGUGGAUGGUUUGCAGCCUUUGUACAGGUAGGCAUUGGGCUGAGUUGGAGGGUUUCCUUGAAGGAAAUCAGCAAAACUUCUUGGGAGUGGCAUUGCUGAUCCUCUGUUGGUUAUCACAAAGAGUUCAGGACCCAUGGAGAACGUGGCUACGUCAUGAUGGGAUGGAGAAACUCUGCAUCGUGCACUUAUUACAGCCCAUGCCUUCGUCAGCAUGCGAUCUACAGCAGCUUUCAUGAUGCACAAUGGAGGUUUUGCUCCAACGCUGCUGCACUGCCUAUGUUUGCAGGGUUUCCUCGCGUAGCUCUUUCCUCAACCCACAGCAGCUGUGAUCUGGGAAUGCCUGGCUGCCGCCCAGAGCUUUUAAAUCCCUACAAAGGCAAACUCAUCGCUUCCACUGCCCUAACGAGGCCAUGGGGCUCUCACUGAACUGUGCCAGGAGCCGCCGCGGUGACAUUUCAGCAGCCUUCAUCCCGUGAAUUCAGAUGUGACUUAAUGCAGUGGCCCCGCAGCGUGGAGAAAGAGCUCCUUUCCUUCCCCUGCAGAAUGCAGAACGGCACGGCUGCGUAACCCCAUCCUCAUCAUCUCAUCCUGGGGCUUUUUUUUCUUUGCCAAAAAUGAGCAUUUUGCAAAUGCAACUUUACAUUUUGCUAAGUUGGGGAAGGCGGAGAGUGGGCUGAGAGAGCUACAGUAACGUUAAGAGUGUGAAGAUCUGGGACCUCACCGUUUGGUUUUAAAGGAUGUGCUGGCCAUGCAAGACUGCAAUUUAAUACUUAGAUCAACUCAAAUUGUCUUUAACUCAUAGUAAAAGCAUAAGCAAGGUUUCCUGGGCAUCAUGUGGUCCCCUGACCUUUAAGAAGAUACUCGAUGCAGCCCUGUGCUCGUCACUGAAGCAGCUCGUUAGCAUCAGUGGUAUAUUAUGCCUUCUAGGAGUUGAUUCAGAGUCCAGGAAUGCAUGGAGCUCUGACGGCUGUGUUGCAUGGCAGAGAGCCUCACUGCUGUCCUUGUCUUGGCAGCCUUGGGAGGGGGGUGGAAAAUAGUCAGCAGGCUUUGUUCAACCUACUGCAAAACAAGAGAUAAUGGCCUGAAAUUGUGCCUGGGGAGGGUCAGGAUGGAUGUUGGGAAAAGUUUCUUUGUAGGAAGAACGGUCAGGCACUGGCACAGCUGCCCAGGGAGUGGUGGGGUCACCAUCCAUGGAGGUGGUGAAGAAUCGUGGAGAUGUGGCACUUGGGGACAUGGUCAGUGGGCAUGGUGGGAUGGGUUGAGGUUGAACUUGGGGAUCUUAGAGCUCUUUUUCAACCCUGAUGAUUCUAAAAGCAACCCAGAUGCUAAGCAGCGUUCUCUCAAGCCUUUCUGUGUCAACAGCAGGGCCUUAACAUUCAUCUGUACUAAUUGAGGGUUAAAUUGAGGAGGAGACCUGUAUUUCUUUGGGUGAAAUGAUAAGUUUGGGCAGAAGAUGCUCAAAGUGCUUCUCUGUCACCUCCUGGCUAUCAACACCCGUGGACUCUUGGUGUUCUCCAUCUCACUGCAGUCACGGAAUCAUAGAAUCACCAAGGUUGGAAAAGACCCCUGAGAUCAACCAGUCCAACCAUCCACCUAUCUUCAACAUCCCCCACUAAACCGUGUCCCUCAGUGCAACAUCUAACAUUUCUUGAACACCUCCAGAUUCCACCACCUCCUUGGGCAGCCCAUUCCAGUGCCUUAACACUCUUCUCAGAGAAGUAUGCAGAACAGGAGGACAGGGGAUUUUCAGUGACCCCAAAUGCUUUGCAGAAUCCAUUAGCAGAGCAGAACGAAUGCUGAAAAAUUUCCCUAAAACCCAGUAAUUUUGUUAAACCAGAGGAAGGGCAGGCCAACUGCACAACUCCUUUUUUUUUCUGUAGAUAAUAGGAAAAAUACCAUAUGGUGGUGACAUGGUGACGGUAUAUAUUCCCAGGAGGCUGAGGUUUGGGUUAUUUGGGUUUUCCCAAAGAGUUUUUGGUGCUGUCAGCAUCUUAACAUCCAGCCCUCACAGAAAUAUUGAGGCUUUUUGGGCUGCUGUUCCUUAGGGUUUAUUGGCGAUUUGGGUUUGGUGUCCAGCUUUUUGCAUCAAGCUGCUUGUUCUUGUGACAUUUCUUACAUUACUUAUUAUAAUACUUACAUUACUUAUUUAUUACUUUCUUAUAUUCUUGUGAAAAUUAAGAGAAUGGAUCCACUGACAGCAUUUUUUUGAGGACCAAAAUCCAGGUUCUGGGCUUGAAGAGAGCAGCAGGCAGUAACAUAAAGGCUUUUUUUUUCCUUUUUUUUCCAUUAAAGGGGCUUAGGAAGCAGGGGUGAAAGGAUCUCAGGGGGUUAUAGAAUCCAUCUGCUUGUCAGUGUUAAAGAAUGGAGAAAGCUGGUUGCUUUUUUGCUUUGCAGAAAGUGAUUUGCUUUUGUUUAGCAUGGUGAGGUUGUCUCAAUCAAAGCCAGAUUGUUUUGCUAGUAAGGAUAUCUUUGGAGCAUCUGUUGUCUGCAUCCCUCUGCUCUUGUCAUCCAGAUGUAAUUUACAGUCCAUACAAUCAUAGUAUGGCUUGGGUUGGAAGGGAACACAAUGAUCAUCAAGUCUGAACUCCCUGAAUGGCUUUGGUUGGAGAGGACCUCAGCGAUCAUCUAAUUCCAUUUUCCGUGUGUUUCAACGCUGGGUUUCGGCUGGCGGAGCUUCCAAAAAGCCCAUUAAUUGGGGAAAACCCAGUAAAUCAGGAAAUUAGCACCUGAACAAGGGAUGGGGCAUGGUUCCAGGGUGAGCACCACGAGGGAUGCUGCCAGAAGGAGACGCAGCGCAUCCUUUCCCACCGCAUCUUGAGCUCAGCAGGUCGUGACAUUGCAUCUGGGACAGAGCCACGUGCCAGGUAAAUGGGCAAAAAAAAACUCCACAGAGCCAAAGGGAGAAAAUUCCUCAAGCAUUAUUUCAUCACGGAGCUGCAAUUGAACCGUAUUUGGACAGUCUGUGUGCAUCCAGCAUCCAGCGUCGGUUUCCCGAAUGCAGAGCUCCGGACGCACGGAUCCUGUGGCCACUUGACGAACUUCCUGUGGCUUUACCAAAACUCACUGCAUUGCCUGGAAAUUCCAGCAAAACAAUUGCCAGAGCAGCCCAACAGCUGGCUGCUUUCCUCCUUCCUGCUGCCGUCAUCCAAGGGCAGCACAAACGCUGGGUUAGCCUGGAUAAAAAAGCAACAGUGUUUGUUUUGUUUUGUUAUUAUUAUUUAUUUUACCUUUUUUAUUGUCUUUUUUUCCUGGAAUUUGCAAGAUCUGCCUCAGCAACAGCGUGGAGCUGAUGUAAGCUCAGCAAUGGGAGCUUCUGCUGACCUAUUUUCUGCAUCUUUCUGCACCAGCAGCACUGAAAACCUUCUCCCAUCUAAAGGUGCGCUUUGAAGGUCACAGUGUCUGCUCAACCAACUGAAAAGCAUCCCAGAAACUCACCGAAUAGCACAGCACUGCUGGUGAAGCUGCCUUGGUUUUUUUUCUUCCAUUUAUUAUUUGUUUGAAGACUUUUAGACCUUUCUGCUCGCUGAUCUCUUCACUGUAUUUCCACACUGAGGGGGUUAAAUCUCAGCGCUCAGCAUCGUCUAACCGAGGAGCAAAGCCAGGGAAUCUUGAUUCCUGUUCAAAAAGCAUCAAAUUCUCUCUUGAAGGGAGGGAAAUGGGGAUCAAAGGUCCGGAACGGCUCCUGCUGGGAGUCCAGUUGGAUUUCUUGCUUGUGCAUGCACCAACGACCAGCGUGCAGCCAAAAUGGGGAAAAUGAGCAGCUUUUGUUCCAUCUGACAAGAGGUUUUAUGGCGUUGGUGACCCAGCUGCAGUCCCACGUUGGGCAGCAUCCUCCUGGACGAGCAUUGCUGCUGUUUCAGGUUGGAAAGCUUCUCUGAAAGAGUGGUCAAGCACUGGCACAGCUGCCCAGAGAGUGGUGCAGUCACCGUCCCUGGAGGUGUUUAAGAGCAUGGGGAUGUGGAGCUGAGGGAUGUGGUCAGUGGGCACGGUGGGAUGGGCUGGGCUUGGGGAUCUCUGUGCUCUUUUCCAACCUUAAUGACUCUGUUGUGGUGGUGGCGAUGGCUUGCUGGUUGGACUAGGUGGUCUUUUCCAGGCUUAAUGAUUCUAAGGGACAUCAAAGAUCAUCGUGUUCCAACCAGGGCUGUGAUGUGGAUGAGAGCUUCCCUCCAGCCUGCUGGCUGCGCAUCGCUGUCUCCCUGCUGGUGUCAAAGUGCCCAGAAAGGGGAAAGUCUGGAAGUCAUCCCACUAAGCACACACAAUGAAUAACAUUUAUGUUGUGGAUUUAUCGCAUGGAAGAACACCCUGCUCCGCAGCUGACACCAACCUCGGGAAUGUUUUGCAUUCAUUUUAACUUCCACCCAAGUUAACAGCCGAGCUUUUGGGUCAACCUGUGUGAAACACUUUGUGGAUUUGUGCCAAUGCCUUUGGAACAGGAGAUGUGUGCCUGUUACCCAGCCAACCAGAUGUGCUGUUGACCCCCAAACCAGCCCUCCACCUGGGCUAAACUUAAUAGAACGCUCAAUGCUCGCAUGGCCCAUUUAUACAGUGGUAAAAAUUAAUAAUAAUUAAAAAAAAAAAUACAUCUCCCAGCAAUUCAGUGCAGGUCUGGUCCCCCCUUGCUGCAGUUCGUCAGUGCAGGAAGAUAAUUGCCAGCCUUGCUCAUCGCUUUGAGAUCUUCUGAUGAAAGCUGCAUCCUACCCAUGAGCUCGGAUUUCCAGCAUUACAGUUUCAGGAUGCCGAACAUCGGGUUCCAGAACCUGCCUCUCAACAUAUAUAUCGUGGUUUUUGGCACGGCCAUCUUCGUCUUCAUCCUCAGUUUACUGUUCUGUUGCUACUUGAUCAGGCUCAGACAUCAAGCACACAAAGAGCUUUACGCCUACAAACAGGUAAUACUGAAGGAGAAGGUGAAGGAGUUGAACCUACACGAGAUCUGUGCCGUUUGCUUGGAGGAAUUCAAGCCCAAGGACGAGCUGGGGAUCUGCCCGUGCAAACAUGCCUUCCACAGAAAGUGCCUCAUCAAAUGGCUGGAGGUGCGCAAGGUCUGCCCGCUCUGCAACAUGCCGGUGCUGCAGCUGGCACAGCUGCACAGCAAGCAGGACCCAGGCCCUCCUCAGGGUCCCCUACCUGGAGCAGAGAACAUCGUAUAGCUCUGCAUCAGCACAGACUGCCCCGGGGCUGCUGGGGGGUACCUGGAGACGACCAAAGCACUACGGCACCAGCAAAGGAGCCAAGCUGGGGACGGGAGGAUGGAGAGCUGAGAGCACUUUAGGGAAGUAGCAUCCCUGCGCCCCAAAACGGUGCUUGGCCUCGGAAUGGGGUUUUCCUCAGCGGGAACAUGGAGCUCAGUGACUGUCGGGAAGCCUCAGCAUGAUGCCUUGGGAUGGAGCUGUGCCUGAAUGCACUCAUCCCCCUUUGAGCAUCACCCAGGAGAGCCGGUGUCCGUCCCGCGCGGUGCUGUGGGCUCAGUGCCAUCCAAGGGGGGAAUUUUUCACCCCUGAUUGCCAUCCCUACUGAGGAUUGCAGUUUCUCCUCCCAAAGGGCCGCCCAGGGUUUGGGGCCGGGUGCUUUUUGGGGUGGCUUCCCCCCCUCCCCCCUGCUCAGUGCCACGGGCUACCUCAGGGCUCCCUUCAUCCCCACCAUGGGGCAGAGCAUCUCCCAUUGGUGCAACCACCUGGUAUCACAGCAAGGUGGGGGCAAACCCUGCCCUUUGGGUUCACGUUGAGCCUGGCUCUUUAGGUUUCCAAGCACGGAUGGCUCAGCAUCACCCAAACUCCCUCCCCAACCCUCCCCGAGUGCCAAAGCUGCUGGGGGCUGCACCACCCCCUCCUCUCCUUUCACCCCAUGGGGCAAAUUCAGCCCUUUUCCAGGCAUCGUUCCCCCCCCUCCAAUCCCACAGCUCUUUAUGGAGGCGGGGGGGAGGUCCCAGUUUUACCCCACAGCGGGGCUGGGUGGGCUCUGGGGGGGUCCCUCCUGUACAGACCUUGCAACUCCCAAGCCUGUUUAUGGAGCGUGGAGCCUCAUAGACGUGUUUGUACACUACAAAUUCUGCAGCAGAAUAUUUUUUUAAAAACAUUUGCUGUUUUUUUUUUUUGGAGGGGGGAGGAAGGUGUUUUUUUUGUUGUUGUUGUUGUUUUUGGGGGCUUUUUUUUUUUUUGUAAGCUCUAUUUUUGUAUAUUUAAUUGCUAUUUCAAGAUUCUAACGCGUCUUGUUUUGCUAAUCACACUAUUCUUAAGGAAAAAAAAGAAAAGCAAAGGAGGAGGUUUGCAUGUGAUUUGACUUGAAAUGUAAAUAAAGGCAGGUUUUGGAUGCAGGGUGUGUUUGAAGGGGGGACUGUGGCCACGGGGAAAGGAUCCCAUCCCCAACACCUCGCUCUGUGCUGUGUCUGCACGACCUGCAUCUCCCAGCACAGCUUCAGGGUCUCAUCUGAGACAGGGCAC